AUGAAGCCAUCAAAGCCGUUAAUUUUGAAGACAUACGGUAAACAGAGGAGGAAAGUGUCCGCCUGGAUUUCACCCGAUGACCGCAAGCAGGCCUUCGACAGCACUCUGUCAACAGAUGACUCCGUGUUUGAAGACCGAAAAUCUAAGAGGACACGAGAGAAGCGCACGAAGGCUGGUGGUCCUCGAGCAGUACGUCUUGCCAAGAAAAAAGCCAUGCAGUGUCUGACUGAAAAGAGUUCUAAUGAGGAGAUCAUCAUCGCUGACUCUCCACCUCCUCCUCCGCUUGCUCAGCAGAAUAAGGCAACCAGAGAGAGAAGGAAGACAAGUGUUGCCAGUAAAAGAGUGGUCCGUCCUGCAAGAGGAAAGGCCAAGCUAGCAGAGAGCAGCAGUGAUGAGGAGAACAUCAGUAGGCCCUCUCCUCCUGCUCCUCAGCUCACACAGCAGAGCAAGACAACCAGGAAAAGCCGGCUUGUGUCUAAACCUGGUGUUUUGGCAAGGCAGGCAGGCCAGUGGGUUUUUUCUACCAGCAAGAGUGAGGAAGAGGUGUCUGCACCAAAACGCUGUAAAACUUCAGUUCAAAUGAAGACAGACACUAAUGUUCAUCCUCCGCCUACUGGCCGUUUCGUAACCCACCGCAGACGUGCAGCUGCCACCAAACCCAAACUCUCUACAGCAAUAGCCAGCAUACUCAGUUCUUCUGAUGAUUUUACUUGUGGAGCAUUUGGUUUCGACAGGAUUCAUCGGCCUUCCAGGAGAAGGAAAGUCCCUUCAACAAUUGGGGCGUCGAGUGUGGAGAACUCAAUGAAUGCUGCAGGGACUUCCAGCUUUGCCGCCAACCCCCUCCGAGAGAUAUCUCUCAAUGAGCUGGCAGAUCACAGUCUGGGACCCUGCCCAAGGAAACCUAUCUUCUGCUCUACGCCCUCAGCAGGCUCCUUGAGCAAACGUGGACACCCUAAAGUGUUUCCAUUCAACGAUCAAUCCUCCACUUCCCAAUCCAUGUCAGUCAGCUUUAUAGGUGUCUUUGAAGAGGAUUCACCAGAGAAGCCUGUGCCUCAUUCUGCAUCACUCACUGGACUUAACUACAAGGAGAAGCUGCAGCCAAGCCGAGAUGAGCUGCAAAAACAAGCAGACCUGCAUCACCACAUAGAACCAUCUGUUGACUUAUUUGUGGACCCCAGGAGACGUAGCUGCAGUGACGAAGCCAAAAGCAAUCAUGAAGACUCAGGGCCUGAGAAAGAUGGGGAAUUACCAAGUGUAAAUCUGCUUUCUACAGACAGUGGACGCAGCAGUCAUUUUGUGUCAGCAGCAGCAGGGUUAGAGUGGCUGAUAGAGGCUCUGAAGGAGAAAUGUUUGACCGAGCGCUGCACAGUGCAGCUGGAGAGAUUAGACUUCCUCACUGUGACUCAGCUCUGCAGUCAAACAACUUACUCAUCCUGUUUGGAACAUUCAAGCUCAGUUCACAGCCAGCGGACUGAUGAACAGCCCCAGUCUAUGGACGGCGGUCAAACGGUUGACAGUUCACAGUCUUUAGAAGCAGCACUUCAUUUGUCCGUGGCAAACAAUAAAACCAGUGAUUAUAUACAGUCAGUAAAUAGUUUUGAACAAACAUCUUCCAUGAUUGACAGUCACAGCUGUAACAUUUCUUCAUUAGUUGACUGUAAGCAGUCAGCUGAUCAUUCAUCCAUACAGUCAGAAUCAGUGCUUUACGUUGAAUCCGGCAGCCACACAGACAGCAGCUGUGAGAUUGUCACAGGCACGCAAUUACCAGCCAGUAGUGCUUUGCAAACACAAAAACAGAAGGCUUUAGCAGCAAAGGAUGAAUGUCUUACCAAGAAACCCGUAGUUCAGAUAAAAAAACUGUCUUCGUCACAACUGACUGUUCAACAACUCAAAGGCUUCGCACAGCACAAAGAUGCAAGAUUGGCUUGUAAUGAGAAAUGUGUUCAUCUUAAUGCUUACAAGUCUGAAGACGACCACACACAUAACAUGGAUGACCCAGAAGAUAACAAACAUUCUGAGGAAAUUACUGAAAGAUUAAUGGUUUCUAAACAAUUAAAUAACAGCCCAUUAGCAAAGAGACAGUCUGCUGAGGGAGAAAUGGAAGAAAAGGCAGCAGUGUUGAAGGGGAAGUGCCUAGCAGACAAAUUAACUGUUGAGAUAAAGAGAUUCACUUUGUCGCAGGUGAAAGAAAAUCUGCAAUUCAAAGAUGUCACACUUAAAUCAUCCACAGAUGUGUCAGACUCAACCAGUGAUGAUCAGACAAAGACGGACCUUCUGUCUGAAAGUGACUCCAAUCACUGUAAUGAAGACACUGCUUCAGUGAAAGUCAGUGUAAAAAAUCGAGGCUCAAUUUGUUUGGAGGAUAAGAUUACUUCAGACAGAGAACCUGGAAAGAACUCUGGCAACGUUGUCCGUAACAGGAAAAAGAUGUCCCUGGCUCCCAAAGAAAAGAAACGGAGGAGCACGUCUACAGACCGACCUGGGACAACAAGGAAGGCGUGUGUGAGCGGCAUGAGCGUGAGUCGCUGGAAAAACAAAGGCGGCGACAGCACACACGUGUUCAGGGGCAGGACUGCACAGACUGGCCGGACCAAAGCUGUGGACUGUAGCAUCAAUGAGCUGAUCCCCACACAACACAAACAGCCAAGGGAGUUGUUGGGAGCUACCACAAAUUUCUCUACGCCGCUGAAAGCAAAUCAGCUCAACCUCUCGUCUCUGUUGGCGGAUUUCACACCAAGCACACACACCUGGAGCCGACUCAAAGCCGCCCUCUCCGUUCACCGCAAGGCCAUGGUGCUGCUCACUCCGAGGAGUUUACAUCUGUCAGCGUCCAGCUCUCCUGUGAGGACCGAGCUCGCCGACGUCAGCCGGGAUCUCUUUGCCACUCCCUUACGGACACCGCUCUCCAGACGCCUCCAGUCACAGCUGCAAAGCCAAACAUCUCUGGUUGUGUGUGAAGAUGCAGAGCUGUCGGAUGCAGAGAAGGUGUACUCUGAGUGUGGCCAGCAGCAGCCUCUGCCCUGGGAGGAGUGUAUUCUCCCUCAUCGUAUGAAGCGGUGUGUGAAGAUCGGGGAGGGGACCUUUGGUGAGGUCUUCUCAACCACCAAUGCCUCAGGAGACACUGUGGCACUCAAAAUCAUUCCUGUAGAGGGCAGUGAGAAGGUGAACGGAGAGGACCAGAAGACUUUUGGAGAGAUUCUCCAUGAGAUUAUUAUCUCAAAGGAGCUGAGCAGCCUGAAAGAGAAGCAGCACAACCAGACUCACGCUUUUAUUGGACUUAAUGAUCUUCAUUGCGUUCAAGGCUGCUACCCUCCAGAUUUCAUGAAUGCUUGGGAUGCAUUUGAUCAGCGGAAGGGUUCUGAGAAUGACAGACCAGAUUUCUUUAAAAAGGAUCAGUUCUUCAUAAUCCUGGAGUUUGAGUUUGGAGGCGCCGACUUAGAGAACAGCAAUGGAACGUUUGCGUCUUUAAGGGUGGCGAAGAGCAUCCUUCAUCAGGUCACUGCUGGGUUGGCUGUUGCGGAGCAGGAGCUACACUUUGAACACAGGGACCUCCACUGGGGCAAUGUGUUGGUCAAAACAACCAAGGAGAAGACGGGGAGCUUCCUUCUAAAUGGAACGGCCCACUGUGUGGAAACCAAAGGGGUGCUGGUCCGCAUCAUUGACUAUUCUCUGUCCAGACUUGAAAUUGAUGAUCUGACGGUGUCCUGUGAUAUCUCGAAUGAUGAAGACCUCUUCCUGGGCCAGGGGGACUACCAGUUUGAGGUCUACAGACUGAUGAGAAAGGAAAAUGGAAACAACUGGAGUAACUACCACCCCCAUACCAACGUACUGUGGCUCCACUACCUGUGCUCCAAGCUGCUUUCCAUGAAGUACCGGGGCACUGGAGGGAGGAGCGCCAAGGACAUGCGAGAGGAGCUCACUCGUUUCUAUGACAACGUCCUCCAGUACAGCUCUGCCACGGAGGUGCUGCAGAACUGCCCCAUGUUUCAGUAGUAUGUGAGCACUGAACAACUGAAUUGUGAGAAUGCUUGUAUAUGUUUUUUUUUUUUUCCUAGUAUGAAAAAGGUGCAAUGAAUCUGGGUCGUUUGAAUUCGACGCCCUUCGCUCUGUAGCCUGUCUUCUUUGUUAACCUCGGACAUGUAAAGACAGUUAUUGAUCCUCUUGUAACUAGCAGAGAUGAAGGUUGCUUCAUCUUGAGACAAAGGUUAUUAAAAUGACCAUGUGAAAACGA